CUUCCGGUGUUGUGGCAACAUGUUGCUCGAAAAUGACUCCUUUCUCACAGAGCUCACAAAACUGUUCCAGAAGGGGAAGUCGUCUGGCUCUGUUCUUCUCUGUAUGAAACGAUAUGAUGGCAGAACGAAGCCGAAACCUCGUAGUGGUCAGGUACCAGAUACCCAUGAUUGCAAGUGUUUAAUACGUGCUAGCUUAGGUAACAAAAAGAUCAGUACUGUGGUUAAUCAACGGGAUGUUAAUAAAUUUCAGAUGGCAUAUGCAAAUUUGUUAAAGGCCAACAUGGAUGGUCUCAAGAAAAAGGACAGAAAGGCAAAGGGAGAUAAGAAAGCCAAAGCUACACAGUGAUGGGUUUUGGCAGACGGCCAUCAUUGGUUGUGUAAAUUAAUGUACUGUGAAUGAGACCGUCAUAUCACAGGCUCUCUAUGAUGUGAAAGCACCAUCAUGAUAAAUCUUAAUGAAAGUGGUUAUCUACCUGGUGUAAAUGAUGAGGAUAUUAACUGAAUUUAUAGGGAAAAAAUGGAUGCUCAUAUUUUUAAGCUUGUUGUUUUAACAUGUAUAAUGGACAGCAUGCACUCACAACACCAAUAUAUAUAUAUAAUGCUGUGUAAAUGUUUGGAUAAUGAAUUUUAAAAAAUAUGUUUUUCCGGAGGAUCUUUUCGCAUUUUAUUGUAAUUAUCUGAAUGUUUGAAAAAAAAAUUCUAGUCGUAUUCUGACAAUAUAUACAUGUUGUAAUUAAUCAAGGUUUGCAAUGGCAUCUAAUUAACAAUUAUUAUUCACAUUAGAGAUGAUUAGAUUUUACAUGCAGUAUUUGUGAAAGAAUCCCUUGACCGUUUGUAUACGCAUUCUACAUAUAUGGAAGGCUGUCUGCAAUUAAGUUGUGUGAAAUUUCUAUUGUUCCAUCUUAGAGGAGUGCAGUUCAUCAUGAAUAAAUUAAUAUUUAACAAUAUUUAUGGACACAGUACAGGGCCCAAGGUGUAUUUGAAAGUGGGGCACCAUUGUCAAUUAAGUGGUUUGGGGAAUUAAAAUAAAUGCAUAUGAUGGCUUGAUCUUGUUGUGGUGGGGGAUGAUCCUCCCGAGAAAAAUUAGAAUUUCUGGUGUUAAAAUAAGGUGUUUCCAGUCUUCUGAACAGAGGAACAAGGAAAUGGGGGGAUAGGAUUUUUCUUGAUAGGGAGUUCAGCAUUUAAAAAGAGCACCUAUAUUAUUUAAAAGUACACUAACAUGUAUUGCUUAUAUAUGGUAUUCUUCUACAGAAAUGCUGAGCAAGAUGUUGUUACCUACUAAAAACAAAUGAAUGUAUUACAGCAAACCUGCUAGUGGCCAACUGCACUGAGCAAUCACCUACAUGUAUGUUACAAGGCCACAUUAUUAUUCUCCCAAAUCAUUUAAUAUAGUCACUGUAUUAACUGAUCUGUAUUAAGCAGUGACCUGCAUUUAAAGGCCACUUUUUUAUAUUCUCUUUGGUGGCUGUUUAACACAGGUUUGACUGUAUAGUCUGUAUAAGCACUGGACUAUUUUUAGGCGCUUUAAAUAUGUGUUGUGUGGACAUCUGCACAUUAUUAUGCCAUUUGAUACAUUUUUCAAGGUGUUCUGAAUAGGAUUCUGAAUGCCAAAGAAUACUGAUAACAACUUUCAAAUUAAUAUUGUUGAUUAUUAAAUAUAUGUACUAUAAUUAUAACUGAAAAAACAAUUGAACUGUGUUUUCUUUCUUCUACAAUUGGCUUUCAAUAAAUAUUAAUCACAACAUAAUAUUGUUCUUACUACAUGUCACUUUUUACUAAAAUUUGGUUCACUCCCAACUUCUGAAUGACUAGAGACCUCCCAGAAUAUCUGUCACUCUCAAACCUUGAUUAAAAAAAGUAAAGUUUGUUUUAUUUAUUGACGCCACUAGAGCACAUUGAUUUUUUAUCUUAUCAUCGGCUAUUGGACGUCAAACAUGUGGUCAUUCUGACACUGUUUUUUUUAGAGGAAACCC